AUGAGUACCACAUGCAAAUAUUGCAAUGAGCCAGAAGAUAAACAGUACCGGCCAGGUCUUAUAUGCGAAAGUUGCAUAUGCUUCGUCCACUUAACCUGUUUGAAAAGAGCAGGAACACCGGGUGACCUAUCCGGAGAUGUUUUCUUUGAUUAUACGUGCGAAGACUGUUCGCCGGAGAAGGAAGAAAUUUUUAAACGAACGAAGAUUCUCUGGGUUCAUGCUCUCCUAUUAACUUUAUAUCAUCUGAGGAAUCAUAUGAGCGGGAUGAGUAAUCAUAGGUAUUUCCACUACAAGACACACAUUUGCUCCUUCAUAGAUAGGUCUUGGAUGCAGCUGUUUGGACCUAAGUUUAAGCAGAAGAAAAAUUGGAUUGGUACAAUAGCAGGUGCCUUGUCAGUGUAUAGCAACUUACUGUUUCAAUCAGGGUUGGCGCAGCUAGGAGAGAGUGGUUGGUGGAAGCUAAAACACAAUUUUAGCCCUGCGGCGGCUGCUCAUAUAAUACAAGAGAUAUCGCGUGACAAGACAAAAUCCCGGCCGAAGAAUCAGCUAGGAGUGGAUAUGACUCUCUUUAUUGCUAAAGUCACAGAAUUAGGUUACAAAGACCAGUUAGUGAAGAGGAAGGUCUUGACAUCAUCGUCCUACCCGCUAGACACGGGUUUGCGGGUUUGA